AUGGCUUACUGUCCUACAUCAGCAGCAGCAGCGUUGCUAUUAUUAGGUCGUCGACAGUGUCAGCCAUUUCUAAAAUCGAUCUUGGUACGGUCCUUAUCGUCAUCAUCCUCAUCGAAUGGUAAUGGUAGUAAUUCAUCUGGCGAUGGUGAUCCACCAUCAACUUUUAACAGCAGCCACCAUAAUGCUUUCUCAACUUCUGAUGAGAACAAAUCUUCUCAAAGAAAUAAUUAUCACUGCCGUGAAUGUGGUAAACCACUCAAAAGUGUGCCUACUGUCACACCAACAACACGCUACUUUCAUUGCGAAAGCUGCAAUCGACUCUACACCGGAGGUCCGUCUGAUGAAGACAAUCAAAGAUGGAAUAUUCUAAAAGCAAACGAAACGAGCCAAAAGCCGCCUUAUCCGUUGCAAAUAUCUGAAUAUUUGGAUCGAUUUGUAGUUGGUCAGAGCCAAGCAAAAAAGACAUUAUCAGUGGGUGUUUAUCAGCACUAUCGACGACUUAAUCACAAUAUCGAAAACAAUAUAAGUUCGUCGAUGAAUGCAACAAGCGAAUUAACUCGUAAUGCUAAUACUCAGUUGCCACGUGGUGUACUUUAUCAAGAGGAUUACAGAACUGUAAGAGGUGAUAUUCGCGUGAAUAAUGCAUACUCAACCGAAUCAGCAUCACAUCAAUUACCUCAGCGAGCCACCUCACCACUCUUCCGUUCGAUUCCACAUACCGAAUCGCCUAUUCGACUUGAAAAAUCAAACAUUCUUCUGUUGGGUCCGUCUGGUGUGGGUAAAACGUUUGUAACACAAACAUUAGCCAGAAUUCUAGAUGUUCCAAUUGCUCUUUGCGACUGUACUUCGAUGACGCAAGCUGGGUAUGUCGGUGAGGAUGUAGAAAGUGUCAUUCAAAAGUUAGUGCAAAAUGCAGGAGGAAACGUGGAACGUGCCCAACAAGGCAUCGUUUUCCUGGAUGAGAUCGACAAGAUCGCAGCUGCGCAUAAUGCACAGUCACAUGCUUACCGUGAUGUUAGUGGCGAAGGAGUGCAGCAUGCUUUAUUGAAGCUUGUCGAAGGUACAUUGGUUAAUGUGAAAAGUGGCAGGAAGACAGUAGCAACUCAACAAGAUACGGUUCAAGUAGAUACAUCAGAUAUUCUCUUUGUUGCAUCUGGUGCUUUUACGGCUUUAGAUAAAAUCGUCGGUAAACGUCUCGAUGAAAAGAUGCUCGGAUUCGGUGCGAAAUGUGGUAAUCAACGUAUAACAAGUGAUGAUAAAUUGGAGAGUGUGGUUGCUAAAAAGAGAGAUGAAUUGCUGGAACAAGCCGACCAAGGAGAUCUCAUUUCAUUCGGUAUUGUACCAGAACUCGUUGGACGAUUCCCAGUGAUUGUACCAUUCCAUAGUUUUGAUAAGAACAUGCUAGUGCGCGUAUUGACUGAACCAGCGAAUUCAUUGCUGGCUCAAAUGAAACUACAGUUCGCGAUUGAUGGUGUUGACCUAUCAUUUUCACAAGAUGCACUCGAAGAGAUCGCUGGGAUGGCGCUCGAAAGAAAGACUGGUGCCAGAGCAUUAAGAUCUAUCAUUGAAAAGGUAUUAUUGAACGCUAAAUUCUUGGUACCAGGCAGCGAUAUUGAAAGUGUUCAUGUGACUCGUGACUGCGUACGUGGAUUAAGUGAUUAUGUUAUAACCAGACGUGUUGAACCAAUUUCAGCUGCACAAUAG